AUGAUAUGGAGCACCCAACAGUAUACGCAUACGCCAGGCACCACAUGUCCAUCCGCGACUCCGCGUCGGUAUCCGUCAAGAAAUUUUCAACAAAAAAAAAACUUAAUUUUCCACUCCUAUUCUUCCCCGACGCCGGGGACCAGCGCCAGCGCCACCAAGAAGUGACCCACCCAGGUAGCCAGGUAGGUAACCGCCCGUGCCCCGUCGCCGGCGAUGGCGAGGUACGAGGCGUCGGCGGCCGCGCCGGGCGUAGACUUUCACCUUCCCGACGAGAUCCUGGCCGUGAUCCCCACCGACCCGUACGAGCAACUGGACGUGGCGCGCAAGAUCACCUCCAUGGCCAUCACCUCCCGCGUCUCCCGCCUCGAGGCCGACUCUGGGCGCCUCCGCCGUGACCUAGCCGACCGCGACCACGCCGAGGCCGAGCUCCGUGCCCGCCUCGCCGACUCCGACGCGCGCCUGGCCGCCGCUCUCGACGAGAACGCGAAGCUAGCGAAGGAAAGGGACUCGCUCGCCGCGACGACCAAAAAGCUGACCAGGAAUUUGGCGAAGUUGGAGGCUUUUAAGAAACAACUGAUGAAAUCGUUAAGUGAAGAUAAUCUAUUGCAACUGUCUGAAACCAGUCAAGAUCACAACGGAGAAGAUAUUUUGACAGCUCGAGUCCCGUAUUGGAAAGAUGAAGUUUGUAGCAGUAACACUUCUUCAGAUACCUCCAUCAGAUCUACAAUAACUGAAUCCAUCCAUGGUGGAGGAUACCAGUUCUCAAUCAAAACAUAUGUGCCUCCAAAAUUAACUCCUGGCUCAACACCUAUGAUUUCGUCUUCUAGUGGUUCUCCCCGAGCUUAUUCAACUGGCCCACCCUCUCCCAACUUCUUCUCUGGUCCGACUUCUCCUACAAAAGCUCGAUCUGAGGGCCAAUUGACAUUUUCGUCAUGGCAAGGAUCAUCAAGUCAUCAGUAUUCAGCACCUACCUCUCCUCAACGCCACUCAUUCACAGGGCGGCCACGUAUAGAUGGGAAGGAAUUCUUCCGGCAAGCACGGACAAGACUUUCUUAUGAGCAAUUUGGAGCAUUUUUGGCCAACAUCAAGGAGUUCAAUGCUCAAAAACAAUCACGGGAGGACACCCUGUCAAAAGCAGAAGAGAUUUUUGGAACAGAACACAAAGACUUGUACAUUUCUUUCCAGAAUAUGCUUAGUCGCAACCAGUCAUGAAAAAUAUGUCAGAAGCGGUAUUUUCUGUCUCUAAAUCAAGCAGAUCUUUGAGAAUGAACGGCGAACGAACUUGAAUUUGCAGAGUGAAGACCACUCCAAGUCGAGAGAGAUCUUGUAGGCGUCGGUCGCGGUGGGCACAGGAGAUGUCCGUAGGGAGCUUUUGGAGGACCUUCUCUUUGGAACAAACACAAAACAUGGUACACAUUUCACCAAGCAGCAUUGGAAGACGGGGCUGGCUGCUGCAUCUGCAUGGGUGUGUUGUUCUCUGUGCGCAACGGCACAAGACCCAUCCUGAAGCAGAGAAAUUCAGCUAGAACCUGCAAUAUCUGUCUGUUGUACUGCAACAAGUAUCUUCACAACUCAAACCUGCUUCUUUUCCUUCAA